AUGGUACAAUUUAAAAAAUAGCCUAAACUAUGAAAUUAGAUUUUUUUUUUCAUUUUUUUUUUCUGAAAAUCGAAGCAACCGAAAGUAUAACGGAGCCCUAGAAAGUCGGAUAUGGCGUUGUCUAACGUGGUGAUAGCAUCUGCGUCAGCGACAAAUUCGGAACUGCCACGGCAGUCUUCUAUAUGUUCUCCUAACACAAUCAUGAGCGAAGAAGAUUCUAGAAACAUUGCUUCCAUGGAUGAUUUGCUCAAGAAUAUCCCCAACAUCUUCCCUGAACAACCGCAACAACAGCAGCAGCAGAAUUCUCACCCACUGGCUUCGUUCCCGGUCGCCGGCGUAGGCGAAUCUUGGAGCGGAGCCGUGGCCAGCGGGAGCGAUUGGAAAACGGAUUCCGGCGAGAUAGGCAGCGCGAUGACCUUGGAGGAUUACUUGACGCAUAGUGAAGCUGUUCGAGAUGAAGACAUUAGGGCUCAGUUAGGAUACGGUCAGUUCCAUAUGCCGUUGCAGUUGCAGGCUGUGGAAAAUCCGGUCGUCGUUUGUGGAAAUGGGAGUGGUACUUCGGGCAGAGGGAAGCGGCAAGCUGUUGAUCCACCUGUGGAUAAGGCCACUGCGCAGAAGCAGAGAAGGAUGAUUAAGAACAGAGAAUCUGCUGCCAGGUCAAGGGAGCGCAAGCAGGCAUACCAAGUUGAGCUAGAAACUUUAGUAACAGAACUGGAGGAUGAGAAAGCACGGUUGUUGAGAGAAGAGGUUGAGCGGACACAGGAAAGGUUUCGACAGCUUAUGAAAAAUGUGAUUCCAGUGGAGGAAAAGAAAAAAACUCCAAGAGUUCUUCGAAGAGUUAGAUCUCUUUGAUAGUGUGAUGGAAGAUUUUUUCAGAAAUUUCAGUCUGUUGAUGGCAGAGCAAAGAGUUUCCAAGGAAAAUAAAGGAAUGGAGGGCCUGAUUAAUUACCUUUGGUAAGUUGAAGAUUUAUCUGUAAAGAGAAGUAGGCUGUAGUUAGAUGAUUCAAUGCUCGUGCAGACUUUCCAUCUGAUUGUUAAUAGAAAUAAUAAGUGGUUCAUUGCUCCUAUGGUAGAGACCCAUGUACAUUUAAAAGUUAAAAUAGAUAUAUAGUAAUAACAGUAAUGUAGUAACAGUACAUAUUAUUAUAGCAUAGAAUAAUAAGAGUAAUAGUGUAUGUAACACAUGAUUUGCAUCUGCUAAGUGUUGAAAAUGGAUUCAAUUUUAGGUUAAAUAUUAAAAAAAAAUAUGAAGGAAGAUACCAUGUAAUGCGGCAGUUAUGGUCGUUCUUUCGGCAUUCUGAUUUGAUUGAAAUAAAAUCUAUUAUUUUCUACACAAUUA